AUUUUUGAUUGGGUAUUUGUGUUUUGGUUGUAAACGAAGAACUGCGCGGCAGCGGCGACCCUUCUGUAUCAUUUUCACUCACAUUUCCGCAUUUAUAUUAACGUUCAGUUCCAGUUUGAGACACGUGAACAUAAAAAGACCCGUUUGUGAACUCGUAUUUGUAGGGGGAAGCCUGAGUUUUAGUCUCCAGUGGGUCUUUUGUCUUCCCCCGAACGCCUAGCGGCCUGUUUCCUCUUGUCUCUAGAAGACAACAUGGCGCUCGGAGUUGUUGGGUCUGACCGGAGAGGCCUGUGUGCUGGCUGAGGAGCGACUUCCUUCCACUCUAGUGCCUUCACUCGGUGACAUCUGAGUGAGUCUUCACAAACACUCGUCAGAACAGACACCGCUACGCUACUGUUAUUACUAAUACACGUUAAUUAUUGUCUGUAACUUCACCUGGAUUUCCAUUCGUGCACGUAUGUUUGCUUUCGCUUGUGUGUGUGUGUGAGCGCGUGCAGGGUGAGCGAGUGUCACGGCCCUCUGCUGCAGACGGGGGGUUGGGUAGCGGUGCCGAUUGGUUGCUGCUGCUCACUCACCAACACAGUCAGUCAGUCUGGGCUUGUUUUAUCAUAAUCGGGGGCACUUCGACAGCACGCAAAAUCACCACCAAAACCAUGUAGUAAAUAAGCCGGGACCGGUGAGAGAUGUGGGGAUUUCCUUGUUGUUUUGUGCCGUAAAGCUGACAGAGAGAGAGGGCCGCCGCUGAUCAGGCGAUGAAGUGCCGAGAAUGAGAGCUGUGCCUUGGCCUACUACCGCCACAGGAGCUGCUGCAGCUGGGAUUGUUGUGCAGAGCCGCUUCCACAAACCCAGAAAAGCUCUCGUUUUGUGGCUCGUUGAAGGUCAGCGGUGGGUUUCUCGGUGACCGACUUCCAAAUGGAUAGAGACAGGAGAACAUGAACCAGUCCUACAGACCGGGCCUUGGGGUAGGCUCAGUGUUUGGCUCAGGCCAACCUGAGCUGAGGCCCUACAGUGGCCCUAUGAGCUCUUCCUUUGGAAGCCAGUGUGGCAUUGUGAAGCGGGUAUCGGGCCAGCCUUCAGCCAUGCAGGUGUCGCCCGCCAGCCACAAACAGCCUGCUUUCCUGGGCUACAGUCAGCCUGAGCAACUCCGCUGCUACAGUCCACAAAGGAGACCACAACACCAGAACCCGGUGCUCUACAGAACUGACCUAGAUCGAGGGCUCCACGCUCGGAACACCUUUCGCUGUGCGAGUCCCAUCUCCGAUGACGAUGAUGAGUUUGAAGCGCCGUCGGUCCAGCUGCCUCCAUCUCCGGGCGAUGUGGAGCCUUUCCAGGGUCUACGUCCCGGGAGUCAAAACGGCUUCUCCCCCUCUCACAGCCCUGACAGCUUUGAGCGCUGCUCCCCCAUCCCCAACGGUUACCUGCAUUUUGAGUCCACCCUGUUUGAUAGCAGUGACAUUAAGGAGGAGGAGGAAGAGCAUGAUAGCAGUGAAGACUUUGAGCCUUUUCACCUCCCAAACUCAAGUCAGGGUCCGGACCAAACUGUUUCUGAAUGUAGGACCACCAGCAACUCGGGGGCGGAGAGAAAAACCUACAAACCUACGGUCUUUAACUUAAUGUCCAAAACUAUUUCUGAACUGAACCCUAUGCUAAGCCCCAGUGCACUGCCAGAGAUCACUAUGAGAGAUGGCUGGAAUUUGGACGAGGAGUCCGACAGUGAUGCUGAACUCACCUCUGCUGUUGAUCCUGGACUUACCUCACCUGCUCUUACCAACUCUAAUUCCAACAGCCCAAAGAAAAAGCUUCCUCCUGCGGUGAAAUUCAUGGAUGGGGAUUUUGUAUGGGCAAAAUUCAACAGAAGACCGUGGUGGCCCUGCCGAAUCACUUGUGACCCAGACCAGGGCGUUCAUACUAAAAUGAAAGUUCCAAGCUCCCGUCCUUGUCGAAUGUACUUCCUGGAGACAAUGGGGGAAGUUGCAGAAUUCUGCUGGGUCUCGGGAAGUGUCAUCCUUUCGUUUGAAGGAGGCCAUCAGUUUGAUGAGCUCCCUGUCCUCAGACGGAGAGGGAAACAGAAAGAGAAGAACUACAAGUACACGAUUCCCAAAAGUUUGAUGACUGCAUGGAAAGUGAGCGUGGCCAAAGCAGAGUAUCUCCUCUCUGGUCAACAGAAGAGUAAAAGUGAAAGUUCAGUUUGUGUAAGUGGAGAGGAGCGUUUACGGAGUCCUGCCCCGGCUGAAAAGCCUGCGGAGAUUCCAUCAGUCUCUGUUAAACCUGCUCGACCCCCCUCACCUGGUCCGGCCCCCAGCAGAAAUGGUCACCACUUCCUCAAAAACUCUAAAGUUCAAGUCAACAAGAGCAAAGCUGUCAAGAAGAGAAAGAAAUGUUUGUCAGAUAUAUUUGCUCACAUAGUUGGCGGAUCAAAAGACUCCUCUGUUGGUUCGAACGCGGCAGGUCCGUUUCACACAACAUGCACAGUGAAAGAAGAGCCAAAGGACUCUCCUUAUGCUGAUCUGGAUUCAGUUCCAAUGCUGAAUCGUCCCAAACGCACAGCAGUUUCUCCGGUACACGAAAUUAGCAGAGUGGACAGAGACGAUUCUGGUUCAGUAAAAGAUAAAAAGCCCAAUAAAAAACAGAGCCUGACAGAGUCACCUAGUGUUUUUACAAAUGAAUUAGCUUCUAAAGACUUGAUCUCUGAUCACAGUCUGGGCAGCUGUGUUGAAUCAUCUUAUAGUUCAGGUGAAAAACACUCAGAGGUUCUUCCUGCCAGCAGCCGCCUGAUGACAAAGGCCCUGGGAGCGGUGGAAGAGCCCGAUCUCGACGAUGCACUGGCUACAGGCCGAAGCUCAACACGAGCUCCUGAUGAUGGUUGUUUUGGUCAAACGCCCAGUAAUGCUACCGUCAAAACCAACAGGUCACCAGCUUGGGAAUCCCCCAGCAGAGCUGUGGCCUUCGUGAACCACAGCUCUCCAAAACGACGCCCGAGAAAGCUGAACAGGAAACGAACUCCUAACGGCUCCUUGGUCAAGUCGAGCCUCGAGGAGCCAGUUCUACAACCCGUUCAGGUCAAAACAGAAAACAGUUUCUCAGACUUAUCAACUACCUCCUCAUCUUUGUCUCCCAUGGAAACCUUUCAGGAUGGUAAGGAGCUGAAGUUUAAAUCUCUGGUGGUGAACGAGGACAGCACAGACUCGGAGCUGACCGCCAUUCGAACCAAUUCAAAUUAUAAAUUCAGUACUUUCCUCAUGCUCUUGAAAGACAUGCACGAUACCAGGGAGAAAGAUGGCAAACCGCUGGUGCUUCCACCGUCAGCCACCUUAAUCAAGGAGGAGCCUCUGGUGAUCCCCACUUCAGCAGAAAGUGAUCUGCUGAAAGGUUCAUGUGACAGUUUGGAGAACAAGUUAAAGACUGAACCAUCAGGGGAAACUACAGUAGCCCAAAGCACGCCGGUGAAAACCAAGGUUUGGACCAAAGCUGCUGUGACGGCUGACACCAACCACUGUGAGGACUUUCCUCACCACUUAGAGUGCUCGGACAAGCAGCGGAGAAAACAGAGACUCCCAUCCAAACUGAAACUCAGUAUCCCCGGCAUGUCUUCAGACCUGGCCGACAUGGCUUACGGCAGUGGCCAGGCUGACCUGGGCCUUGAACCUGGCUCUAAUUGUCAGGUCGCCUCAGAUCCUUCUGGCAGCUACCUCAAUAAAACAUUUGAAACACCGGUGGCUCCAAAGAAGCGCUGGCAGCAGGUUGAGGAAGCUGCUGAGAUUAAGGAGGAAGUUGUGAGUGAUGUUUCUGCUGAGAUGAAGGAGGCUUACGCCAUGAGAGCAUCUCCAGAUCCUCUUGAUCUGGGAGCUGAGAAACACUCCGAGAAUGACUCACAGUUCUCAGACGCGAGCAGCGCUGCUGGACAAUCCGAGAACAAGCGCCUCCGCAAACCAACUAAGAGGCUCUUGGAGUCGACGGAGGAGUAUGAACAAAUAUUUUCCAUCAAAAAGAAGUCAAAGAAACAGCCCUCUCAUUCUCCCAAAGUGGAAACUUCAGGAACGACAGAACUUCAAGAACUCGCCACCGCAGAAGUGACUGAUGCCUCCACCUCUCCGACUGCCGCGCCUGCCGAGGCUGCGGUGGAGAUGAGUCCAUCUCGGGCUGAAUUGUCACCUGAAGCUCUGUCAGUUGUGUCUCCUGUCACGACGCCAUCGUACUUUGACACAGACACCCCAGAGGAAACACAUCUGCCCUCUGAAUCUGAUGCGGCAAUAAUGGCUUUAGAAAGGAAAAGGCCCAGGAAGCUGUCCCACAAGGUGCUGAACUGCACCAUUGAAGAAGUGUCAUCAGGUCUUACGAAGAAGAGGGAGCAAAAGCGGCACAUUGGCAUUUCAUUGGGCAGGAAGAUGUUGGUCAAGAAAACUCGGAUUGCAUCUAAGAAAGAAAAGCCUGAAGCCCCCAGCACGUCUGCAGGUCCUCCUGCAGGCUCCAGGGCCUCACAGAGCAGGUCUCCCAGCCCCCGUGGCUUCAAGAGCCCCAAACAGGAGGUGGAGACGGAGCCCUGCAGCGCCGAAACCCAACCCAACGAAGACACUGGAACACUAACGCCGCAACCUGAGGCCACCCCUGUUGGUCUGAAUGACAACUUAUCCUCUCAAGUGGAUGUAAAAGGAAAAAUAGGAGCUGCAUCUAUGAAAGAGAAUGUCUGUCAGGUGUGUGAGAGGACAGGAGACCUGCUGGUGUGUGAUGGACACUGUUUUGGAGCUUUCCACCUGCAGUGCAUCGGCCUGUCUGCAGCUCCCAGGGGAAGGUUCCUCUGUCGAAACUGUAAGACAGGUGUGCACUUGUGCUACGUGUGUAAGAAGAGUGGUAGUGGAGUGAAGCGCUGCAUUAUUCCUCUCUGUGGAAAGUUUUACCACACCGACUGCAUCAUGGCCUAUUCUCCCACUCAGCUACACAACAAAGGCUUCCGCUGCCCAAUGCACGUGUGUCUGUCAUGUCACAUCGCCAACCCUCUCAACAUCUGCAGCACCAAAGGUCGGUUGGCUCGAUGCGUGCGCUGUCCUGUGGCGUAUCACGCCAACGAUAACUGCAUGGCAGCAGGCAGCCUGGUGCUGGCAAACAACAGCUUCCUGUGUCCAAACCACUUCACUCCCCGCAAAGGCUACAAGAACCACGAACACAUAAACGUCAGCUGGUGCUUCGUCUGCUCUGAAGGAGGCAGCCUGCUGUGUUGUGAAGCCUGUCCUGCUGCUUUCCAUCGGGAAUGCUUGAACAUUGAGAUGCCUCAGGGUAGCUGGUUCUGCAACGACUGCAAAGCCGGAAAGAAGCCUCGCAUUAAGGACAUACUGUGGGUCAAAUGGGGACGUUACAGAUGGUGGCCUGCUGAAGUCUGUCUCACAAAAGACGUCCCAAAUAACGUCCUGAGGAUAAGACACGAGGUGGGAGAGUUCCCCGUACAGUUCUUUGGCUCCAAAGAUUUCGUGUGGACGUACCAGGCCAGAGUCUUCCCUUACAUGGAGGGCGAUACGCACAACAUAGAGAAAAUGUGCAAAGGUGCAGACGCUGUGUACAAAAAAGCUCUGACCGAAUGUGCAGAGCGAUUCAAAACCUUGCAGGCUGAGAAGGAAAUGAAGCGGCUCCAGGAGGACAGAAAAAACGACAAGAAACCACCUCCAUACAAACACAUCAAAGUGAACCGACCCAUUGGGAAGGUGCAGAUAAUCACCGCCGACCUGUCGGAGAUCCCACGCUGUAACUGCAAGGCAUCGGAUGAAAACCCGUGUGGUGUGGACUCGGAGUGCAUCAAUCGCAUGCUGCUUUACGAGUGUCACCCUCAGGUGUGCGCGGCAGGAGAGCGGUGUCAGAACCAGGCUUUCAACAAGCGCCAAUACACACCUGUGGAGAUCCACAGGACGCUGUCGUGUGGCUGGGGUUUACGGGCGGUGUCGGACAUCAAGAAGGGAGCCUUUGUGAGCGAGUACGUGGGAGAGGUGAUAGAUGAGGAGGAAUGUCGAGCCCGGAUCAGACACGCUCAGGAGAAUGACAUCUGUAACUUCUACAUGCUCACACUGGACAAGGACCGGAUCAUUGAUGCCGGGCCCAAAGGGAACCAGGCUCGCUUCAUGAACCAUAGCUGUCAGCCGAACUGUGAGACCCAGAAGUGGACCGUGAACGGGGACACCAGGGUUGGACUGUUUGCUUUGCGGGACAUCCCAAAAGAUGGGGAGCUGACUUUCAACUACAACCUGGAGUGUCUCGGCAACGGGAAGACCGUCUGUAAAUGUGGAGCACCGAACUGUAGCGGCUUCCUGGGUGUUCGGCCGAAGAACCAACCACCAGCUGAGAAACUGAAGGAAGGAAGAAGAAGAGGGUCCAUGAAGAGGAAGACCAAGCAACAAGUGCUGAAGGAGAGGGAGGACGAGUGCUUCAGCUGUGGGGACGGGGGUCAGAUCGUGUCCUGUAAGAAGCCGGGUUGUCCCAAAGUCUAUCACGCCGACUGUCUCAACCUGGCCAAGAGGCCUGCAGGCCGAUGGGAGUGUCCCUGGCACCAGUGUGACGUGUGUGGCAAAGAGGCGGCCUCAUUCUGUGAAAUGUGUCCCAACUCGUACUGCAGGGAGCACCGAGAUGGCAUGCUCUUCAUUUCCAAGCUGGAUGGCAGGCUGUCGUGCAGCGAGCACGACCCGUGUGGACCCGACCCGCUGGAGCCGGGGGAGAUCCGUGAAUACACGCCCAACAAGGCCUCCGUGAGGCCUGGGGCCGUGCCCGUCUCUCCCUCGCUGGGCCCUGACACCAGAGAAUCCACCUCCUCGAGUUCGUCUUCUGCUCCCAGCUCCUCCCCUGCCUGCCAUACUGAGCCGUCCAGGCGACAGCAUCCUCCUCCUCGUCUCUACAUCAACACAAAGACCGCUACCUCCAGCUUCAUCCCUUCCAGCAGGCCUUACCUCACAGACAGAACUGACAGUCAACCUGCGUCGACCCUUGGCUCCUCCAAGGAGGAAGGAGACGACGGAGAGGCGGAGGACGAGGAGGUGUGUGGGUUAGACAUGGUGGAGGACGAGGACGAGGAGGAUGAUGAAGAUGCAGAGGAGGAUGAAAAUGAUAUGGAGGAGAUGGAGAUAGUGGAAGAUGAAGAGGAUGAGCCUCUGUAUAGAGGCAACUUGUUGGAAGAGGAGGAGGAGGAAGAGGAGGGAGGGUAUGACACGUGGGACGAUUACGUGCAUGAAGACGCUGAGGACGGAGAGGUGGAGGAGUGGGGGGGCGUGGAGCAUAAGUGACAGAACUAAAGGGUGAAACUUGAACGCAGCACUGCCUUCACUGUGGUACAUCGCUGCCCUUCAUCUCCAGACUGACGGUGGGGAUGCGUCCUGGUGCUAACGGCUGAACCCUUCUUUCUCUCAGUCUCGUCAUACUUCUGUCCUUUUCUUUCUUCGUGUUUGGUGCUUUUCCCUUCUUUUCCGUUCCCUUUUUUUUUCUUUUAUCACACCAUUUACAUUUUUGGGCCUUUUUUUUAAUGUUUGGAGCCGAAACAAAAGGUGAAGCGUUUCACCUGACCAAACCGUCAUCAUAAGGGCAUCUUAUGUUGUUGUUACUGUGUAUACUUCCAAAAAUAGUGUUCUCACUGGUUCGUGUUACGGUUAGACUAAACAGUACCUACCUGCUUGUGAGGAGUGAAGAAAUAAACCCACUGGAGUCAUCAACGUUACUGAUGAUUGUUCUCAAA